AUGUCCGAGGCAGAAGCCUUAGCCAAUGAUCUUGACAUGAUCCCCGCGCUCAGGAUCGAGAAAGAAAACACAAAAUUCAUACAUGACAAGCUCAUUGCUCGGACAUCACAGAUUGAGCGUUUGAUCUCUCGUCAUUUGGGGAUCCCUGCUAAUGAUUUCGCAUUGUACCCUCCUUCUGCUUGGAUCGAGGGGGGUUUCAACAUAUGUCUCCCAAUAGACAUCAAAAAUAGUCACAAUGUUCGACUACCCUCUGGAGCUGUCAUUCGAUUCCCGCUUCCGUACAAUGCUGGGGAGUCUUUCAUUCCUGGCACCCUAGACGAAAAACUUUGUUGUGAGGCGGCGACCUAUUUCACUGCCGUGGAGAACGAAAGUUUACAUCGCCGCUUUGUUUGGCAAAUCCGCCGAUUGUGGAAUCCCCACAGCCGUAGUGACCUGACAGAUACUGGUUAUCUGCUCCUGGAGUGGGUCGAGGAUGGGAAAAUGCUCUCAUCGAGUUGGCAUGAAAAGAUGGAAGAUCCAGAACGGCGUCGAAACUUGUACCACGGCCUCGCCAAAAUCUUGCUCAGACUGGCCAAUGUGCCUCUGGCCCGGAUAGGCUCCUGGACCAUGGACAACGAUGGGGAUAUUUCCCUCACGAAUCGCCCAAUAUUUGAUCUCCAGAUAUCGUGGAACAGGCAUGCUAUCCCAACGGAGGUCUCGAGGAACACGACUUAUACUUCAGCAGCAUCGUAUGUUCAUGAUAAACUUCGUUUCCAGGAGCAACGCCUUAUACAUCAACCAAACUCUAUUCUUAGUGUCAACGAUGGCACACAUCAACUGGCGGCUCUGGUGGGUAUGAGAGCGCUCCUUCCUCGAUUCUUCACUACUCAAUCUGACUCCGGUCCCUUUGUGCUUUCGCUGCCUGACUUGCACAGAAGCAACAUCUUCGUCGAUGACGACUGGAAUGUGACGGGCGUCAUUGACCUCGAGUUUGCGCCAGUUGUUCCGCAAGAAAUGGUUACGGCGCCUGCCUGGCUGACAGGCCGCGGCGUUGAUGAGCUCGAGGGUGAGUCCCUCGAGCAGUUUAGGAAACGCUAUGAUGAAUUUGUGCGUGUUCUGGAGAUCGAAGAGAAAGCAGUGUCGCAGAACGACUCUUCGAGCCAACGUCUGCGCCGAGACCUUGACACGGGGAUGUUUUGGUACGUGCUCGCUUUGAGUACGAUUAAUGCCUAUCCAGGUAUCUUCGCGCAGCAUCUCAUGCCCAGAUUCUUUCCGCAAGAGUUCCAGUUGCAUAUCGAAGGCGCAUCACUGUCGCGCUUAUGGGGCGAGGAUGUUGACGAUUUCAUUACCCGGAAGCUGGACGACAAUGAAAACUAUAAGGUAGCGAUCCGCGACAUCUUUGAUAAGGCGAGUAGAUAUACUGUCGAGGGUUGA